CAUGUAGUCCGCAGUAAUUUCAACCAUCCACUCCAUAAACCCGUUCAAUGCCGACGCGCACAAUCAAGGCAAUCUUCUACACGCGCUUCCACCAUGAAAAAGGCUCACGCGUCCUCCACCAAGUCCCCGCUGGUGCCAUAACGCCCUCAACUUCACCCUCGGCACUCUCCAUCCCCCUCUUCUCCUUCUCCUCAGUGACCUCGUAUCUCAUCCCCACUCAGCAGUUCUGCGACCGCCUGCUCACUUUCUGCGUCAACCACAACCGCGUUAUUGGCUACCCUGUGUGCAUACGGGAGGGCAAGUACAGUCGCAACGAAUUCAUCUUUAACUUUGCGGUUGUUAUCGGCGAGAAUGAGAAGGAUUGGGCGUGCUAUGGGGAGGUGGUGAGGAAGUUGGGGAAGCUGUUGAGGGGGUUGGAGGAGCAGGGUGGGUUUUUGAGCCGCGAGGAGGAUGACGAGUGGGAAGAUGAUGGGUGUCUAAGUGGAGGAUUGGGAGUAGGAGGAGGGUUAGAUGAAGUGGGGUUUGGGGUCGGGGGUGGGAGUAAGGUACACGCCCUGUGUGAGAUGGUGCUGGAGGAUUUGAACAACUACGCAGAGUGUAUGAUACCCAUUGACGACUCCAACACCAUCAACCUCAAGCUCUUCCCUACACGUCCCCCUCCACCCCCCAUCCUCGCCCAUCAAGUUCCCCUCCUCACCAUCUCGCUCUCCAGCCUGCAAACCCCAAUCUCCUCUGACCUAACCCUCAACCGCAUUCUCCCCUACAUCAACGGCAUCAACGCCGUCGCACACAUAGCCCAACUCGCCGACACAGACCUCUCCCUGACUCGCCGCGCAAUCCAGCACCUAGUCUACUAUGGCUGCCUCGUGCUCCUCGACAUCUUCAGCUUCAGCGCCAUCUACGCGCCAACGGCGGAAAUCAGCAGCUUCGUCAACGACGCCGACAUGAAAGAGGAGUGUCUGCGCUACGUCCGUGUGCCGCAACUACACACAGAUUCUGCCCCCAAGCCAGCAGUGGACAAAGACAAGGAAAAGGACAACGCGCGCUCGCCCCCCACCGCAGAGUCCCUCAACGCUGACAACAACGACUCCACCACCUCCCCCUCCGACCCGUCCAUCUCCCACCUCACACUCAUAACCCUCUACACCUCGUUGCGCCAAGGCCUUCCGCUCAAAACCUGGGUCCUACAGUCCCUACCCCUCCUCUGCGGCAUCGACAUACGGCGCCUGAUAACCUUCGGCAUAAUAAAAGGCUUCCUCUACCGCGUGCACAAGUACGGCAUCGCAACCAUCAGUGCCGGUAUGCCCCCCGCGCCCCCCACCAGCGUCGCCACAUCGAUAAAAGACGCCGACGUGCUGGCCCCAGCGCGUAGGAAUACUCUCGUUCCCCCCGUUGCCGCGGCGCAUGCGCACCAUCCGAGCUUCUCGCUGCAUAGGCCGAGCGUUGCGUCGACGGCUACACUGGGUCCAAGGCUCGACGAGGAGCCGCGUGACGGGAGCGAGGCGUUUGGUGCGCCGGCUGGGAUGCAGCGCGAGCGCGAGCGCGAGGAGGGGCUGCCGCUGCUGCGGUUUUUGGACGGCAUGCAUUGCUUUGAUGAGGUGUGUUGUGAGGUGAGGGUUGCGGAGCGGGUUGUUGAGGGGAGGGUCAAGGGGGGUGGGGAAGGCUUGGGGCUUGGGGUUAUUGUUCAUCGGUAGGAACCAAGGCAUAAGACGAUUACACUGUUGUUAGAUCUAACUGUCAAGCUGUUGCAAGAUCUCGUUGCACCUUAGUUUCCAGUAUCUCCUCAAGUGAUGAUGAGACUGGCUCUCGCUCUUUCCACAAGAGUUAUGAGGUUCGGUCGCUUCACAGAAAUGGCCUCCCUUUGUACUUCGACAACAAGGGAGUACAAACUAUGAACCGAUGCUUUUCGAUGGACAUAUUUUAUGGUAUCUCAUAGUCCCUCGAAUAUCACUCUCGCACUGGGAUAUUUGCGC